UGUACGGAAUCCCUGGAACAGUCCAGGGUCCUCCCCUGGCCACCAUUUUAGCGAGCGUUGGAGACAGUAGACAGUGAAUGGAACAAGACUUGUACUAACAGCACAAAACAGGCCACCCAGGAUUGGGUAGGUGCCUUCAUCCCAUAGCUUGACUCCAAGAAAGCCGCUCGACAGGAGAGGGCCGAGGAGAAUGAGCGUCACUCCUCCGUAGCCGAAGUUGGUCCAGGCCAGUGUGGAGAAGAGAGUGAACGCCCCCAUCACCAGCAGAGACCCCGAGAAGUAGAGGAGGUUGAGGAGCGAGAACUCGUCGUAGGUACGCAGGAACGCGUCGGAGAAAGCCUGCGAGUAGCUCUCAGUUUCUCUCUCACGCGAACUCUCCAAAGGCGGUGCUCGGCCAUCUUCCAGAGAUAAGUCACGGAGCUGGUUUUCCUGGUGCUCGUUUAUGAUGCCCAGCGCGUGGGCCUUCUUCAAGAAGUCGUGCAGAUCGAAUUUUGUCCCUGCACCAUCUCUCGGCUGCUUUUCCACUCCUGAUGCUACAGUAAAGAAGAAAAGGAGGAAGAAAAAAAAUUUCGCCAUUACACCGCGUAUUGUGCGCACGCGUAGUAGGUGGGCGGGGCUUGACCGCACACGCGUUAUGUCUGUUACUCUGCACACCGACAUUGGAGACAUCAAGAUCGAGCUCAAUUGCGAGCUAAUGCCCAAAGCGUGCGAGAAUUUCUUGGCUCUCUGUGCUAGUGGCUACUACAAUGACUGCCUCUUUCACAGGAACAUCAAGGACUUUAUGGUGCAGACUGGAGACCCCACAGGAACGGGGAAAGGAGGAACGAGCAUCUGGGGUGAAAACUUUGAGGACGUGUUUCACGAGACACUUAAAGUUUGCAUCACUUCUCUCCAGUAUACAGCUACCUGGCAUUAUCUGUGCCGUAUUUCAUGUAGCAUAACAAGAGGGGUGUGGUUUCGAUGGCAAACCAAGGACCAGACACAAACGGCUCCCAAUUUUUCAUCACGUACUCCAAGCAGCCACAUCUGGACAUGAAAUACACAAUGUUUGGCAAGGUAAUAGAUGGAUGGGAGACGCUGGACGACUUGGAGAAGGUGCCGGUACACGAGAAAAACUUCAGACCUCUGACCGAGAUCCGCCUCAGGAGAAUCACAAUACACGCCAACCCUCUAGCCAUCUAAAACAUUCAAAAUACUCUAACUCUUCUGUCCAUUCGUUAUAUAUACCGAAACUUUGUUGCACACGAUAAUAAUAAUAAUAAAGUGAGUGGAAUAUAAUUAUAGUGAGUCAUUUGUGGAAGGCGUGGUGGCUGCGAAGGGUCAUCUUCACGGAGCCAAUCUCUUUCAGCACCACCUCCAGCCUCUCCUCCAUUUCCAG